AGACUCCUAUCCAGCCUGACAAAAUGUGUGACCACUUUGUGGGUACCUGGAAGCUUCUUUCUAGUGAAAACUUUGAGGACUAUAUGAAAGAGCUGGGUGUGGGAUUUGCUACCAGGAAAAUGGCUGGUGUGGCCAAGCCCAAUGUAACCAUCAGCAUAAAUGGUGAUGUGAUAACCAUCAAAUCAGAAAGUACCUUCAAAAAUACAGAGAUCUCUUUCAAGUUGGGUGAAGAGUUUGAUGAGACCACAGCAGAUGACAGAAAAACAAAGAACGUCAUAACCUUAGAAAAUGGCUCACUGAAGCAGGUGCAGAAGUGGGAUGGCAAAGAGACUAUCAUAAAGAGGAAAGUGGUGGAUGGAAACCUGGUGGUGGAAUGCACCAUGAAUAAUGUUACCAGCAAAAGAGUUUAUGAAAAGGCAUGA